AUGUCGUGUAGCUGUGGCAGCUUAGAUAUCCCUGUUAAUACACUCCUGAAAUCACAGCACUCACAGAUCUUUGGGGCCCCGGAUCCCACGGCAGGAGCCAGUGUAGAUGAUGAGAACUGUUGGCACUUGGAUGAGGAGCAGGUCCAGGAGCAGGUGAAACUCUUCCUCUCUCAGGGAGGAUACCACGGCUCUGGGAAACAACUCAACCUGCUGUUCAGUAAGGUGAGGGAGAUGCUUCGUAUGCGUGACUCCAACGGUGCCAGGAUGUUAACACUGAUCACAGAACAGUUCAUGGCCGACCCUCGCCUGGCACUGUGGAGACAGCAGGGCACCACCAUGACAGACAAGUACAGACAGCUCUGGGAUGAACUAGGUGCUCUGUGGAUGUGCAUCGUGCUAAACCCCCACUGUAAGACGGAGCAGAAGUGUUGGUGGCUAAAACAGCUGAGGAGGUGGAACAGCGUGGACGUGUGUCCCUGGGAGGACGGUAACCAUGGCAACGAUCUGCCCAACCUCACCCACUCCCUGCCUCAGGGUGCCCAUGGCAACCAAGAGGUAAAGAAGCUCAAACUGUCACGCCUGUUCCCGCUCUUCCCCCCUGGCGCUCGAGGACACCAGGCUCUCCAGCAUUACGCACUCCUGCCACCAUCACGCACUCCUGCCACCAUCAGUACGCACACCUGCCUUCCCCAUCACACGCAUCUGUGA